GGAGGGGGAGGGGCAGCCGCGUGACGUCAGUAUGAGCCCCAAAUAACAAAGGUGAGGGAGGUGGAGGGCACACCUGACCUUUGCAAACUUGCUGCUCAGCAGCUGGGUGCCCUUCCAGAACAGCAGGGUGAGGGCAGCUGGGGUCCUCUGGGAAGCGGAAUAGCAGCCAAGCGUCUCACUGGGACCCCCCUCAUCACGCUGUGACCUUCAGGCCAUAGAAUGCCCAGGGCCUCGCUGUCCUGAGCGGUCCUGAUCCAGACGCCUGCCCGUCCCGCACACGCCUCGCCGCCGCCGCCAGCGUGCCCGCCAUGGAGUCCAGAGGGAGGUCGGCCAACAGCCCCAAGGCCGACGCCAAGGCUACCACUGAGGCCAGGGCGCCCCCGGCUGUGGAUGGGAAAGUGCCCUCAGCCAAGAAGCAGGAGGCCCAAAAGGCAGAGAAGCAGGAGCCCCCGGCGGCCCCCACCCUGCCACCUGCCAAGAAGACCUCGGCCCUUCUCGACAACCACAGCAACCUGAAGCCGGCGCCCGCAGCCCCCAGUAGCCCAGAUGCAGCCCCCGAGCCCAAGGGCCCUGGGGAUGGGGCUGAGGAGGCCGAGGCCCCCAGCGGGGGCCCAGGGGGCCGAGGUCCCUGCCCUUUUGAGAACUUGAACCCCUUGCUUGUGGCCGGGGGCAUAGCCAUGGCGGCUGCAGCCCUGAUUCUCGGUGUGGUUUUCCUGGCCCGAAAAAAAUGAUGGCUGGCGCCCAGGUAGGGCGCAGCAGCUGCUUCGUGUACAGACCUCGGGAACCUUGUGCAUGCCAAGUUCACACCCAGCUAGCUACACACGCGUAGUAUCUAUACUCGUACACACCCACACACACAGAGGGAAAGCGAGGGACAGGCCCCCAGAGCCCUGGAGAUCAAGCCCCUGGGUCGGUCCCGGUACCUCCCCCUCCGAACCUCGGGGCAGAAGGAACCCCGGCUCGGAGGUUACUGAGCAGCACGGGCAGAGGCUCAGUCUGGACCAGGAAGGAGUGGACACAAGUGCCAGGCUGUUCCAAGAGGCUCGAGCGUGGGCCUGUGGGCUCCCUCGCAGCAGCGUUCUGACGAGCCCCCAGGGUGGGAGCCCUCAGGGCUGGGCAAGGGUCUGGGACGGGUUCUGACCUGUUCCCAGCCCGCACGGGGACAUUAAAGGGAUGGCUGUCUCACUCUCCCCAUUUCUGCGCCUUGCUUGCAGCUGUGGUGGGGGCGGGGGGGGUGUCCAUCUGGUGGGCCUGCUGGCCUCGCUUCCACCCACCUGCCUGGUCGCCUGAGCCCUGGCUGGGUGGACAGACGGCCCAAAGCCCGGUGCCGGGAGGGGCUCCCAAAGUUUCCUUCUGGCGGCCCCUCAUUUCCUCCUUGACCCCUUCCCCAUCCUGUGGCAAUUGCCCUGGGGGCAGCUGUGCCUGCCCAGCCCCCAGACGGCCCCUCCCGCCUCCGCCUCUGCAGCGCCCUGGAGUCUAACAGGCGCCUAAAUGCGAUUAAUGCAGGUGUAGAACCUUCAGCCUGUCUGCCCUGCGACGGUGCCUGGCGAACCCUCUCUCCCGCAGCGUCCGCUCCCGCCUGGCCCGUGGUGGGGGGUGGUGUGCACUCUCUGGAGGUGGCAGUGGGCCCUGUGGGAGCCCGACGUGCCCUUGCUUGGAGCCCUGGGCCUGAGUGGAGGCUGCGUCUGAAAUAAACUCCUCUGUUACCU